AUGGAUAGGGCUGCAGCCUUCUCUGAGUUGGUAAUCACCUGGCUCAUCACAAACGGUCAUCUGGAACGUCCAGGUGCGGAAGUCUUCAAGAUGCUUCAGCCCAUAAUGCGGGCAUUUUUGCAGGUCCCGGAGAUUUGUACUGCUCACGAGGGUCUCGCUGCCAUGGAGAAUCGGCCUAGUUCCAACACUGCAUCCACCACUUUGAUCCGUUCAGUUGCCUUCUGUGUGGGCAGGGAGCUCGUGACCCAUGCUAGCACUUCUAGCCCUUCCAACCGGCAGGAUGUGACAGUCAGUGUGGGCGCGGAUGGGUCGAUUGGGGCACUGCCGAGAGACCUGUGUCCACAGAUUAAGUUGGCCGAUGGAGUAGUAAUACGGCUGUCAGAAGCUCGGCGUAUAUACGGAUUUUGGGCGCCUCUACAUUGUUACCAGAAUGCAGCACGGAAUCCCAUACUUUUGCACCUAGUUGUCCUCAUUCCAUCUUCAAAAGCUGCAAAGUAA